AUGUUUAAAAGGCCAGACAGUGGAAACUGUACUGCUGGUGGUGUUUGUAAUUGUACAUCUGACUGGUUUGGAGACUAUUGUGAAAAGGCCUGUUACAAUGGGACUGGUAGUGGAGACAGCUGUGUGUGUGACAAGACCUGUGUCACUGGAGUACACUGUCACUUAGAAUGCUCAAACCACGGAAUAUGUGACGAUGCAGGUGAAUGUGAAUGUGAUUACUAUGGAAAAUGGGAUGGAGAAAAAUGUGACCAACCUAGUUGUCCAGGCUGGCCUAACCCAUGUCAAGGUCAUGGCACAUGUAAUCAAGCUUCAGGGGAAUGUGAUUGUGACCCAUUCUGGUUAGGAGUGGCCUGUGAUACACCCGAUUGUGAAGGAAGUCCAGAUUGUAAUGGUGUUAAUUCCACAUGUAUGGAACCACCAGAGGGAGGUGACCCAAGAUGUUUUGAUUGUGAGUACCCUUACAUGGGAGAUAGCUGUGAAUACAAAUGUAUAUAUGGAGUUGCAAUACGAUCUCUUGAUGGUGUAUGGACAUGCUCCUGUGAUCCUUGUUACUAUGGUGUGGAAUGUGAUGCAUUGUGUUCAGACCAAGGUUCUUGUGUCAACGGUACCUGUGACUGUGGAUUUGAUGGUUAUCGUGGUGAUUUCUGUCAAAUAAAAGGUUGCCCUGGUUACGAUGUAGACUGUUCUGGUAAUGGUGCAUGUAUAAGUGGAGACUGCUUGUGUAACAGUGGAUGGGAGGGUAUUGGAUGCCACCUUCACUAUUGUCCACAGGACUGUAAUAGUGCUGGAAGCUGUGAUGUGGUUGAAGGAGAACCUGUAUGUGUCUGUAAUGAUACUUACUUCGGUGCUGCUUGUCAAUACAAAUGUGAACAUGGUGCAUACAAUGGAGAAUCAUGUGACUGUGAUCCGUGCUAUAAUGACUUCUAUUGCACAGAGCUUUGCUCUGGUACUGGGAACUGUACCAAUGAUGUGUGUGACUGUGGAUUUAAUGGAGGAAGAGGAGACUACUGUGAAUUACCAGGUUGUCCAGGAUGGGAUGAAGAUUGUAGUGGUAAUGGUCAGUGUAAUGCUGCUGAUGGAAGUUGUUCAUGUUACGAGGGAUGGAAAGGUGAUGGAUGUGAACAGUCAAACUGUCCCGAUGAUUGUAACCAUAGAGGUGUAUGUAACACAACUCUAUCUAGACCUAAAUGUACAAGUUGUGACGUAGGAUGGAUGGGUGAGUCAUGUAAUGAGGUUUGUAACGGUAUCCAGGAACCAAUGAACAGUGGUAUCUGUGUAUGUGCUAGUCCCUGUAACUCUGGAGACGCCUGUAACAUUGUAUGUAAUAGUCAUGGAACAUGUGUCAAUGAUACAUGUGUUUGUGAGUAUGCCUACUGGGGUGACACAUGUAGAACUGCUUCUUGUCCUGGAGUGGAUGAGCCGUGCAGUGGUCAUGGUAAUUGUAACCCUAUUUCCAGAGAAUGUCGCUGUGAUGCAGGUUGGUCCACUGAUACUUGUAAUGUUGCUGACUGCCCUGGAGAACCAGACUGUAAUGGUAAUGGUACUUGUAACACUGACGGAGAUCUACCUACGUGUGUCUGUAACGAUGGAUGGACAGGAGUGUCUUGUGCCUCACCUUGUAUCCAUGGUACUCCUCAGUCUGACUACUCUUGUCUGUGUGAACCAUGUUAUUCAGGAGUAGCUUGUGAUGUCCUCUGUGGUAGCCAUGGUGCAUGUGAUAAUGGAACCUGUGUUUGUGAAACAGCAUGGUGGGGAGAUGAUUGUACAGAUAGAGGUUGUCCAGGAGACACAGCUCAGCCAGAAUUAGGUAGUUGCACAUCUCGAGGUAUCUGUACUCUGAGUGAUCAGACAUGUGAUUGUGAUAACUGGUGGAAAGGGGACGGAUGUGAAACAGCUGACUGCUAUGGUGACCCUGACUGCAAUGGUCUUGGUACAUGUGAUGUUGAAAACUAUUUCCCACCAAAAUGUGUGAACUGUAACAACACAAUGGGACCAGCAUGUGAAUAUCCAUGUGUACAUGGCGUAGAGUCUCCCUCCUUUUCUACAACUUGUGUGUGUGACCUGUGUUACUCAGAUUCAGGUUGUCAGACAGAAUGCUCUAAUGUCGGCCAGUGUAUCAAUGAGACAUGUAUUUGUGAAGAAGGUUACACAGGAGAUCACUGUGAAAUAACAGAUUGUCCAGGUGAACCAGAUUGUAAUGACUAUGGUCUGUGUAUAAGAAAAGACAAUGCCUCAGUCUGUGUCUGUAAUGGAGGAUUUGAGGGAGAGGACUGCUCUGAUUUCAUUUGUCCUGGCUCACCCAAAUGUAGUGGGAAUGGGGACUGUUUAUUAUUGGAUGGAAAUAUAGCUCCUGUGUGUGUCUGUGAGCAUGGUUUCACUGGUUUAUCUUGUGAUACGUGUGUUACUCAUUUUACUGGAGGCAGUUGUGAACAAUGUGAAGAAGGAUACAUUGGCUACAAUACAACAUGUAGUGUUCUAUGUCUUCAUGGUUAUGCCACAGAACUAGGGGGAGAUGUCUGUGAGUGUUAUGAUGACCACACCAAUGGACACUGGACCGGAGAAGCUUGUGAUGCCUGUGUAACUGGAUGGGGCUUACCUUUUUGUACUGACUGUGACCCAGAUUAUGUUGGUCCUGGCCAUUGUACUAUACCCUGUACAGACAAGCAAGGAGAUUAUGCAGAUAUGUAUGAUGGAUCAGGAGAAACAGAAGCCAUAGAAGUUAUAUUUAGAUGUUACACUAAUGAUGUGGGUGGAUCCUAUACUGCUUGGUUUGGCUACAGCAAUGCCAAUGGUCAUAACGUGUAUGUUACUGAUUCCAAUGAAAAUUAUGUGUCAGGAGGCAUGACAUCAGUUGUUCCACCUACACAAUUUAGACCAGGAAUAACAGAAUAUGGCCUUUCUGUCAAGUUUGAUGGUACAUCAGAUGUGUCAUGGAAUGUGUUGUCAUCUUUUGCCAACAGAUGGUGGAGAACACAUUUGUAUACCACAGAUAUUGGAGACUCCUCAAAGAUUUGUACAUCAACUCCACAUCUAGAUAAUGUUACAGAAGAAACUGGACACUGUAAAUGUUUUACUGGUUACUAUGGAUCUGAAUGUCAAUAUGAAUGUCUAGGUGGAGCCACCAAUCCUUGUUAUGGCAAUGGUGCAUGUAAUGCUACGGAUGGAACCUGCAGCUGCUAUGAUGGAUCAAGAGGGGAUGACUGUGAGCCAUGUCAAGAUGGACAUGUGGGCACAGAUUGUUCAAUCAUCAAUACACCUACACAAACAACUGUUGAUAACAAGUACACAUCUAAACUUUUCUACCCUGGACAUUUUGAAACUUUUGAUGGAGCUAUUUAUAACAACCACAUUCCUGGAGAACAGACACUGAUUUCUGCACCACUAUCAUCAGGAACUAAUAUCAAGGUUAAUGUUUUACAAGUACCAAAUUCGGAAUUUUAUAACAGUGUUGGUGCACAGUCUGUAGGAAUACAAGUAGGUGAACAUACUGCUGUAGUGUCAGUAUUGAAUGGGGUAGCAUCGACCUACAUAGAUGGUGAACCAGUAGUUGCAGGUGAUGGAGUAACUAUUGAUGGUGACAUACAACUGGUGCAAGUAUCAACAACAGGAUUCCAGGUCAAGGCUGGAGACGAAAUGACUAUUGACAUUGACACUUAUGAAGAUCAUCUUGAUGUAUCGGUGGAAGCUUCACUAUCACUUUGUGAUGGCAGUUCUGGCAUGUUGAGCAGCUGCAAUGGCAAUUCCUCAGACGACUUUGUAACAGCAUCAGGUGAAACAUUAAUGGGAAGUACCCUAAGCACACUGUCCAUACAUGAGAACUUUGCUGAGUCCUUUACAACUAGUGGUUCAUCAAUGUUCAGUAGUAUUCUACCUGUUUCAAAUGCUGGUGGAUAUGGUCUGAAAACUAACAGGUCCAAUAUGGUGACAGAAACACUGAAUUCAUUUACUGAGACCAAAUCAACCUUUGAGAUUAAAUUUAAACUGAAAGAAGCUACAGCUGAAUGUCAGACAAUAUACUCUAACAAGGUAGAAGAGGAUGUAUUCUCUACAUUGAUAUGUGAUGGCAAGAUAUCUAUACAUAAGAAUGGAGAAAUUUUCAAAUUAGAAAACUUAGAGGUAGAAGAGGAUAAAUGGUACGAUUUGAGCAUAGUCUGGAACAAUGAUACACGUCUGUUGAAAACAUACCUCAUCAGAGAUGAUCUUCAGAUGAGUCAAGAUGUUCUAGAGAUUCCUGAUGAUAGUCCUAUACCUGUAAAACCAGGAGGUGAUGUCAUGCUUGGCCAAUGGAAUUAUCCUAGUGAAGAUAGAACUGGUGUUAAUUGGAACUGUAUCUGUGAAUUCGAUGAUUUGAGAAUCUGGAAAGAUGAAAGGACUGUAAACGAAUUAAGACAGAAUGCUUUCAGUGUUUUAUCUGGUUCUGAAGAGGGUUUAUCAAAUAACUGGAACAUGAACUCUGGAACAGGAUCAACACUGACAGACUCUGUAGGAGGAUUAGAGAUAACAAUGCCAAAGGAACCAUGGUCUAAACCUGAACGUAUACUGGUAGAUUAUGUGGCAGAAAUCCCAGAUACAGGAAUAUAUGAUGUUUUCUCCCAUCCAGAUGAUAUAGAUCCAAGCCUUACUGAUUUCUGUAACCAGGCAAUCUACUCUGAAAAAUUCAAUGUUGCUUGUGCUGAUGAGGGACCACAGGUACAAGAAUACAUGUACAAAGACUGUAUUUUUAAUGGUCAUGUCCUGAAAGACACAGCAGAAACCAUGGAGGUCAUAUUGGCUUUAUCUGAGAUAUGUGGAAUAUCAGUUGAUGACCCAGAUUCACCAGCCAAAGAUUUCUGUAAUAGUUUUGGUUCAAGACAGUUCCCUGACUGGACAGGAGAGUCAUGCUCGUUUGUUUGUGUAUCUGGUACAUUCACAAAUUACAAGUGUGUAUGUGAUUUAGGAUACUGGGGCGCCACCUGUAGUGAUGUCUGUCCAUUCUCUCGUGGAUUACCUUGUGGAGGUGGAACUUGUUCUACUGUAGAUGGAACCUGUGAGUGUCUGGCUAAGUUUACCGGGGCAGACUGUGCAGACUGUAGUACCGGAUGGUAUGGUGUUGAUUGUGAUGUUGCCUUGACAACGAUUCCAGCAUCGUCUUCAGCUUACACUUGUUCCCUGUUUGGACAAGGUCAUUUUACCAUGUUUGAUGGUCAAAGUUACCAGUUAGAAACAUCUGGAGAAUUUCUGUUUUUGAAGAACUCAAUGUUGACUGUAUAUAUAAGACAUUUACCUUGUGCAGAGCAUCAGGCACUUUGUUUGAAACAGAUCUGGAUUGAAACUAGUUUAAAGAAUUUUACAGUUGCAUCACCAAUUUCAAGCAGUGGAAGUUCCAAGUUUUUCAUAAAUGAGCAACAGAUAGAUCUAUCAGGAUCUGUAACCUUGACCCCUGAUGUAGAAGUUAUAGAAAAGAGUCCAUACACAUUAGAAAUAGUCUUUGGUGAUAAUGUGAUAACCAUUAAGCAUGGUGGUUCUUUCCUGGAAUUAUAUGCUGAAUUCAAAACAGCAUCAUGUAGCUCAGCAAUAGAAGGCCCAUGCGGAAACUGUGACAGAAAUGUUAACAAUGAUUUUGUACUAACUGAUGGAAUGGUAGUACCCGUGACGGAUAUAUCAAAGGAUGUCAUCAAUGGAGAAUUUUUCAACAAUUAUAAGAUUGAUGUUGAGAGUGCAACUGGUUUCCAAUACAAACAGGAUGGAAUAGAAGAACCGAAAAUACCAAGUGGUGGCAGCUUUUCUUUGGCAUUCAAUGGCUCAGGAUCUACUUCUUCUCAACUUCAUAACAUUUUUGGUAGUGAUGGAAGCACAACAUUACAGGUCAAGUUUCAGCCAAAAGAAAAUGAAAACGAAGGUUUAAUUUUGGCAUAUUUAAAGGAAGAUUCUGUUAGUAUUUACUUAAAUGAUACAAUUCAUGUCCAAUGGGGAGAACAGAUAAUUGAUGUUGGCUAUGUUCCACUUGCCAAUGAAUGGAACACAGUUUCAUUAGCAUUCAACAACAAAACAAAUGAUUUGAAAAUAUACGUAAAUAAUGAUGAUGGAAUUCAGACUAUGACAGAAGUCAAGGUUGAGUCAAAUGCACUAGAUACUGGUGGAAUUAUGAAAAUGGGAAAAUGGGAUGAUAGUUCUGCUCCAGUUGAUUUUGGAACUUAUACAGGAAACAUAGGAGAGGUUAAAACAUGGAAUAGAACAUUGGAAAUGUUUGAAGUGCUCUACACAGCAGAUAACAGAGUAACUAAUGAAUUCCCUGAACUGACAACUAACUGGGUGUUCUCAGAGGGGUCAGGAUCAGAUGCAGUAGAUUUAGUCGGUGGAAAUAGAAUUGCUUUGCCUGAAGAAGGUGUGUUUUGGACCCAAUCUGAUAUGGUUGUAAAUGGUGAUGUUCAAGAAGUCCCUGUUGAUGAAACAUUAAAAGAAAACGCUAAGGAAAAAUGUAAAAGUUUAUUUUUUGACUCGCAUCUAGCAACAACGUGUUCUGCUAUGGGUGAUGGAAUAGCUAAUUACUACUAUGAUUCAUGUGUGGAUGAUAUCAUGUUCAAAGCAGAUGAACAAUCAUUUACAAAUAGUAUUUACUCAUUUGCUGAGUACUGCCAAACAGUUGUUGAGCCAGCUACUCACCCACUGGCAGAACUAUGUGAUGAUAAAACAAGUCAGUACUAUUCAGAAGUCUGUAUAUACCAAUGUAAAUUUGGUAAGCCAUACAAUAAUGAGUGUGCCUGCUUUGAAGGAUACUGGGGAGAGUCAUGUGACCAGGAAUGUGAAGGAGGAUUGAUUGAUCCUUGUAACAGCCAUGGUUAUUGUCAGAAAGACACUGGAACAUGUUAUUGUGAUCCCAAAUUUGAAGUUGCAACUAACUGUGCUACUUGUAUAGGUCCAUGGGUAGGAGAUAAUUGUGAUGAAAUUUUACCAAUCAUUCAGAAUAUAACCACAACAUCUACUACAGCAGCAGCAACAACAACAACAGAGGGAGAGGUUACUACUGAAUCAUCUCUAGGAGGAACAGGAACAGUAGCUAGUGGAGGAACAACAAAAUCUACAACAACAACAACCACCACUGCAGAUGCAGGAAUAUCAACAACUCCAACAGUUCCACCAAUAUCCACAACUCCUGAGACUGUAGCUAAACCUACCACCACAUAUACUGCAUCUGUCUUUGGUCAAGGAAAUAUUCAGACUUUCAACAAUGGUUUCUUCAGCUUUAAAGAACCAGGAGAAUUUUCUUUAAUGAAAUCGGAAGAUGUGUCCACCUCACCAAAUGUACAGCUAAAAAAUGAUUAUUGCUACAAUAGUAAAUCUGUGUGUCCAACAGCCGUAUCAGUGGAUUACGGUGAUAACAAUGUAGUUAUUAGAUCACCUUACACAGAGGAUCAAGAUCCUAUUGUUAUUGUUGAUGGUGAAAUUCUUGACUUUGGUGAAGAAACUGAAAGGAAUGUUGGUGACUUAGUGAUCAAUAGGGAAUCUGAAACCGAAUAUACAAUCACUCCAACAACAGGAGAAUACUUUGAUGUAUCAAUCAGGACAUCUGAUGACCAACUAAAUGUGCAGGUGACAACAGAUCCUAGUGUUUGUGAGACUCAGGAUUCUCUGAUUGGUUCAUGUAAUCCUACAGAUACAGUACUCGAUACAGAUCCAGAAAAGUUUAAAGUUCCAGUAUCUGAUAGUUCAUUUGAUGCCUUAUACAACAACAAUGAGUAUGGAGAGUCCAGAAAUGUAUCCACAGCCGGGAGCAGUCUGUACUUUAACAACUCAGUAAUAAAGACAGGCUUUCUAAAGGAUAUUAUAAGCAAUGAUCAGGAUUUCACCAUGAGUGUUGCCAUCAAACCAGAAAAUAAUGAUGGAGGAGUUAUAACUACAUAUGACACUAACUCAGAGUUCACAACUUAUAUUGAUGAAACAAUCAAACAUAAAAUUGGGGAUCAGAUAUAUGAUACAGAAAUACCUGUCAUUCCAGGUGAAUGGCACGAAAUAUCAACAUCUUACUACAGUGCUCCAUCAGAACUGACUACAUACGUAACAAGACCAGAUGGUACUACAGAUCAGAAAACAUUCUCCUUCCUGGAUACAAAACCAUUUGAGAAUGAUGGCUACAUCGGACUUGGACAUCCUGUCAACCCACCAAUAUCGUCGUCCACUCCUGAACCAUAUGAACAGUACUACAUUGGAGAAAUGGAUGAGUUGAAAUUAUAUGACAAAGCACUCGAUUUUGAAGAAGUCCAAGAACAAAGUUUUAAACCAAUAGAUACUGGAAAUUCACAAGAAACAGCUAAUCUUGUCAGCUAUCAUAAAUUUGAUGACCCUAGUCUUACAACUCUGAAAGAUGAGAUGAAUGCUAUAAAUAUACCUGUUAUAGACUAUGGAGUACUCCAUCAACCAAUAAAAUCACAGUUCUCAACAGCUCCCUUUGAACCACCAGUUAUUCCAGCUUUCCAUUCUUUUACGGAUUACUCUGAUCAAAUUGAGGCUGUUGAUAAAUGCAGUAGCCUGAUAACAAACUCUGACCUGGGAACUCAAGCUGGACCAUCUAGAUCUAUGUUGAGUUUCUAUGAAGCUACAUGUAUCAGUGAUGCUGCAGGAGCUGGUUCCCUGGAUGCUGCUCUUCCUGUGAUAACUGGUAUGGCUGACAUGUCUGUUGAACUAGGAUUCUCAGAAGAAUGGCCAGCACAAAGCCUUUGUAAUGAGUUCUCAUCACCAUUCCCUGGUUACAUUGGGGAUGAUUGCUCUAUCCCAUGUGAUCACGGAAGUUCAGAUGGAGGCUCCUCUUGCAUAUGUGACAAAGGAUAUUGGGGAACAUCAUGUAGUAGUAUAUGUCCUGGAGGGGCAUUGAAUCCAUGCAACACCCAUGGGAAAUGUGAUACUGCAACAGGACAAUGUGAAUGUCAGACAAACUGGGCAGCGCCAAACUGCACUACUUGUAAAGAAGGAUGGUAUGGUGUAGGCUGUUCAAUCUCUGUACAACCUAAAGUCCCUGGACAGUCACAAUAUUAUGGCGGAAUAACUGGAAACGGACAUGUCUCUACACUUGAUGGAGCUGGAUUUAAUUUCCAAGGACAAGGAAUAUACUCAGGAUACAAUAAUCCAUCAUUAGGAAUAGACGUUCAGGUUCAGACAGGAGCAACAGAAAACUUUAAUACAGCUGUAACAGGAAUAGCAGUACAAACACCAAGUGAUACUGUUACCUUCAGUCCUGUCAAUGAUGGAACAGUUUUUGUCAAUGGAGAAGAGAAAGUUCUUGGUACCAGUUUAAGUCUUUCUAAUGGCUACUCUAUUACACCUAUGGAUUCAGAUGUUUACAAGAUGCAACAUUCUUCCAAUGGGUUUGAAAUGACAGUCACAGCAUCCAAUGAUUACAUGAAUGUGGAUAUGUCUACACCUCAAUCAGGGUGUUCUGGCUCAAGUGGUUUGUUUGGAUCAUGUACACCUCAAUCACAUUCAUGUAGUCCCACUGAUUACCAAUGUCUUAUAGAGAAACAAGGAUUAGCCCUGUCAUCAACAUCAAACCGUCUACCAACUUAUGCUAUAGACAACCAUCUUGAUUCCUUUAUGGUUCCGUUUGAGUCCAGUAUAUUUAAAGAUUCUAAUCCUGAGAUAGCCACUUCUGUUGGUGUUUCACUUAAUAACAGCUGGGUAUCUACUAUGCCGCUCUCAGAAGAUUUUAUUGGAGAAAAUAUGACUGUAGAAAUGACCAUGAAAAUCCAUGAACUUGAUCAGAAUGGAAAUGGUGGUACAGUAAUGUCGUUUAGUAAAGACAGUACAAUGGGAGUAACUAUUGAAGGGGGUGAGUUUAAUGUACGUGUGGAUGAUGUAUCACACCCAACGGGAAUACCAGUACAAACAGACCAGUGGACAACUAUGGCAAUGUCAUACAAUAAUGCAACUGGUGAUGUCCGUUUGAGUUAUGUACAUGACAAUGGUGUAAUGGAUUCCUCAAUGGUUAAUAUUGGACUGAAUCUAAUGCCUGAACGAGGAAGUUUAAUUGCUGGACAGUGGCAGACACCACCUGACCAAAUCAGUCCUCCACCACCAGGAGUUUUCAUUGGAGAUAUAGAUAGAAUGCUGCUGUUUGACACAACAUUGGACCCUGCUGAUAUAAUGCUACAUUCUCAGAUACCAAUAAAUGGACCACAAGAUGGGUUGACAAUGGGCUUUAACUUUGGACCAGGAGAAGGAACAGUCGUUCCUGAUUUUAUCACAGGCCAUGAAAUGAGCAUGUCGCCAGAUGGGGCAAGCUGGGUUCCUACUGCACCACCAUACAUGCAGAUGAAUGCACCCACUACAGAGAUGGGAUUUGAAAUGUUUGGAGCUAUUGAUGAAAUGGUAAAAGAAAUGUGUACUGAGUUAAUGAGUAAUAGUGCACUUGCUCAGACUUGUGGAGAUUUACCAGAAGGAAAAGCUUUCUUUGAAAUGGCAUGUAUGGACGAUGUGAAAGUCUCUGACAAACCUGACUUCAGUAUGGAUAGCAUGAUGGCAUUUGGUGGGGCAUGUGAUACACUAAUGGGCCCUCCUGAACCUCCAACUCAGAGUAUGUGCAAUGAUUUCCCAAACAGGGAUUUCCCAGUUUGGAAUGGAGACGAUUGUAACCAGCAGUGUAUGCAAGGGAAUUGGGAUCCAGCAACAAAUGAAUGUACAUGUCAUCAAGGAUUUUCUGGGCCAACUUGUUCCAAUACAUGUCCAGGGGGAAUAUCCAGACCAUGUAAUUUGCAUGGUAAUUGUAACAGUGAGACCAAUACCUGUAUUUGUGAGAGUAACUGGCAAGGAACCCCUGACUGCAGCAGCUGUACUACUGGUUACUAUGGACAGUUUUGUGAGCACAGAAUGCCUGAUAUUCCACAAGAUUCACCAAUGGCUUGUAUGGCAGAGAUGCAAGGCAAAUUCACCAACUUUACUGGAUAUGGAUUACAGACAUUUAAGACAGGAACUUAUGUCAUGUUCCACACCAAUAAUUUCCAUCUAGAGGCAAGACAAGUAUCAUGCAUGUUUGGAAAUGUACUGACAGCAUGUAUAGAUUCUGUGUCACUGAAGAUACAGAACACAGCCUACAUAUAUACCUCUGACAAUGAUAUGUUCUACAUCAAUGAUCUAGAGACAAUGGUGGGCAAUAGGGAGACAAACUUUCCUCUAGAAGGAGGUGGAUGUUCAUUAUCAAUUAUUAGACCAGAUAAUAGAACACUGAAAAUUGAUGUCCUCAAUCUAGGUCUCACCCUCACAAUGAAACGCCAUCUUAGUCUGACAAGAUAUUUAUCAACAGUUACAGUAGGACUAAAGAGCAGUCACUGUUGUAGUUCACCGCCAACCAGUGGUGUGUGUGGUGACUGCAGUGGAUGUACUGGAAUGGAGAAUUAUGUGGCAUGUGGAUUAUCUGACACAGUGUCGCCAACUAUUGAAGUGACAGCUGAUCAUAUGAUUCCAGAUGAUGAUAGUCAGCUUGUGGCUAAUGAUAUUGACUUGACAACAGUGAAUGGACUUGGACCAGGUAAUGCAGCCUGUUUUGAAAAUGCCACAAUGAUAUCAGAAAGAUCUGACGUCUUUACUGCUGAUAAUAAUGAUCCUGUUACUAUUGAAUUCUAUAUAAAGACUUGUCUCACUUACGAGUGUCUCGGAACUAUAUUAUCAUACACAAGCAUCAAAACAUUUACCAUUCGGAACUAUUACGGAAAGAUAAAAAUAACUUUUGGUGAUUUUGAACAUCAGACCAACCUUCAGCUAUUAGACAAUGAAUACACACAGGUGGCUAUAGUAUUUGAUGGUAUAGACUACUUGACCGUUUAUGUUGAUGAUUGUAAUGGGAACUUGGUCAGAGAAUUUAUAACGCUGCCUCAGUAUGGUGUUCACCCAUUUAGUGGCAAAGGAAACUUGGUUCUAGGAAAAUGGUUACCUUCACCAGAUGGCUCAGGAAUUCAACCUCUGGAAGAGAAAUUCCAAAAAAGUUGUAUAGAUGUUCUAAGGAUCUGGAAAAGAUACUUUGUAGAGCUAGAGGUAAUGAGUCACUGUAACCGUCUCUACAGCUCUGAUGAUGAAAACUUAGUGAAACUAUUUAACUUUGAUGAUAUGACAUCAGAUGGUUAUGCAGAAGAUGACAUGUCUCGUGGUGGAUUAAGAGCACCAGUUUCACCUUUCCCUGCCCCAACAUCAACUCAGUCGGCAGCUCCAAUGCCGUUCAAUCUUGCAACAGUAACUAUAUCUGGAGUAUUCUCAAAAAAGAGAAGGAAGCGUCAGAUUAUAGUGGACAGUAGUAGUAUAUGCUCUAGCAUCUUCGUUGGAAGCUCAUUUGCCAGUGCGUGUACUGAUGCUGGAGAUAGUAUUCACCAGAAAUACUACUAUGACUGUAAAGCUGCAGUGGAUAAGUACAGCCUGGUGGACAGUGUCAUCAGCUACUCAGACUAUUGUCAGGUCAUCUUAGAACUAGACACAUGGCCAGCUCAGUUGUUAUGUACUGAAAUGUCAAAUAAUAAUGACUUCUUCCUAUUGUUUACUGACUACUGUGAUCCAGCUUGCUAUUUUGGUUCCAAACAAGGAGGAAGGGAAUGCAUCUGUAACAGUGGUUACUGGAAUACUUCAUGUGAUACUGUUUGUCCAGGAGGAACAACCAAUCCAUGUUCAGGAUAUGGGUCAUGUGACUCAAAGACUGGAAUGUGUGCUUGCCCAUCAAAUAGAAAAGGAUCAGAUGAUUGCUCCACAUGUUCAAGUGGUUGGAUAGGAACAGAUUGUGAUAUUGCUGUCAGUGAUGUACUAGAAGGAACCAAUGUCAUUGGUAUAGCUGGUCAGCUUGGCCACAUGAAAAACUUAGAUGGCCUGAGUUUCAUUAUAAGAGAUCCUGCAGAAUAUACCAUGCUGACUUUAAGUGAUGCACUUAUGAUAGAAGGGAAACUAGUUAGUUGUCAUCAGAAUUAUACCUGUUUCACAUUCAUGUCGUUUAGAAUUGGAGAUUCUGCAAUGGGAUAUGCCAAACUAACCAUUCAAGCAUCUAAACAAGACAACAACAAAUCAAUAGUCUAUCUUGAAGAUCAGCCAACCAGCCUUGACAGUACACUUUACUUUAAGGGCUUCAAGGCUGAACGACUCAAUUCUGAUGAAAUAAAGAUAAUGAUUGGUGUAGAUAUUGAACUUUUGGUAAGACAGCAAGGUCAGUACUUGACAUUGCAGGUACAAUUAAGAGGUGACCUUUUGAACUUUACCAGUGGACUUCUUGGUGGAUCUGGCCAAACAAAUGCCACAUUGAAACUGGAAGAGCUAAAAUACAGGAACAUAUAUUCACCAAGUAUUUGUACAUACUCUGGUACAAUACAAUCUGCAUCACCAUCAGAAGUCACUGGAUAUGACUUGACAUUCACAGAAGUAAACAUAGAAACUAACCUGACCACAACUGCCUUUCAAUUCAGUCGUUUUGAAGUAAACACAUGUGACAGAUUCAUAUACUAUCCAACACUGGCAGAUGAGAAGCAGAACGUUGGUGGAUUCAGUUUGAAUUUUGUCUCAACGGUGGUAUCAAUAAACAUUGACCUUUACACUGAUGUUGGACCAAACAUCACCUUUGACUUCCUUGUCAAAAUAGCAAAUAUCAGUGGAAAUGCAGGUGUCCUGUUUUCCUUCAGUAAUAACAACCUGUUUAUGAUACAAAGUGCAGAAUCUUUAGAAGUGACCUACAAUAAUUUAACAUUUGCAACCAAUUUGACAUUAGAAACUGAUGAAUGGAACAAGGUAGUUGUUAUGUACUAUGGUGAACUUGGUGACCUUGACAUAUAUGUUUUCAAUAGCACUGGGUUUAUUCAGAGGAGAAGUGUGCUUUUGUCAACUGGCAUCUUCAGUAAUCCUGGAACCUUUUCUAUGGGUCACUGGCAACCACCUUCCAAUGGAAAGCCAAUGACAGCUCCAACAGCACUCCAAGGUCAACUAGAUAACUUCCUAAUUUGGAAAAUACCAGUAGAACCCAACAUAAUAGUUGAUAUAUACCAACUUAAUCCUCUUGACAUACAACAAAUACUUUACGCAGCUUGGCUUUUUGAUGAUGGUCAAGGUGAAAAGACAUCAGACUUUAUACAAAGUUUAACAAUCGACCUGCCUAGCAACCCAUGGGUUCAGCCAUCAUGGACACCUUCAGAUCUGGUGUAUGACAAGUAUACAGAACCAGAAGUCACUUAUGUUUUCUUUAACAGCACUGCAGAGGAAGAAAUGGCUGAUCGAGUUUGUAAAAAGAUAACAAACAACACAUACAGCGAGUGUUCAAAUGUACCUACAUCUACCAAAGAUAUUAUGUACACUGAAUGCAUGCAAGUGUAUAGCACCACAAACGAUCUAGCAUCAGUGAACAACGUUAUCCUGGGUUAUGGAAAAGUUUGUGAAGUAUUGUUAAAUUUACCAGAGUCUCCAGUGCUAACACCACUCUGUAAUAGUCUAGAAAUAACCAUCAGAGAAAAUAGUGGAUGCCCUAAAACAUGCGUGUUUGGAGAACAACUUUCAAAUGGAACAUGCCUUUGCACGUAUGGAUAUUAUGGAGAAAAUUGUUCCAGUGUGUGUCCAGGAGGUUCUGAUACUCCUUGUAGUAAUCAUGGGCAAUGUGACAACAAUGGAGGAUGUACAUGUGAUUGGAAUUGGGAUGGAGCAUUGCAUUGUGGGACAUGUACUGCCGGCAUGACUGGUCCGGGCUGUGAUGUUCUAUACUCAGGAAGCUCGCUUGGAACAAAAGCUUAUGUCACAAGUCAAGGAAACUAUAUGGGAUUCGAUGGACAUCAAAUCAGCUUGGAUGAAUUGACAGGGACAUACUUUGUUAUUCUAAAUGAAGAUAAAAAUUUUGCUGUUGAGACUUAUCAAGUGAGUUGUCAAUUCGGGGCAUGUGUUAUAGGCUUAUCUAUUACCACAGGUGAUACAAGACUUGUAGUGCUGCCAUCUGGACAAAAAGAUGUUCCACCUACUGUGUAUAGUAACUCGGUGAAGAUUGACUAUGAUACAACAUCAACUCUAUCAGCUUCAGUUGAUUUGGAAAUGGACUCGUAUGCUAAACUGAAAUUUACUGUAAAGACCCCAGAAACAAACGUCAUUACAAUUACAGCACAGGAACAAUGGAUAGACCUUGCAUUAGACAUUAAUUCAGCUGUAUUAUCAGAUUCAGAAGGAAUACUUCCAGAAACAAAUUCAAUGGAAGCAAUGUCGCAUUCAGAACUUAUGAAAUACCUUGAAAAGAAAUAUAGAUCAGAAGGUGGUACUAUGGUCGACACUCUAUCAACAGUCUAUGGUGUAGAUGUGAAUGAAAAUGCAGGCUUUGCCCUGUCAUUCAAUAAAACAGCUGCUCAAUCGGAAAAAUUGAAGUAUAACAGUAAUACCACAUUUAACAGUGAAGAGUUCAGUCUGGGUAUUUAUUUCAAACCGACAGAAGAAGGUGGAGUAAUCCUGUCUAAUAGUAAAGACGACCAAACAUUCUCCAUAUAUAAUACUGACCCAAUGAUUCUAGAACAUGGAACUGACAUAAUUACAACAUCUAUCAGUCCUCAGCUUAAUGAAUGGAAUCAGUUCAUUAUGACAAUGGAUGGAAAAAAUAACCAAAUGCACUUAUACCAUUAUGGACCAAAUGCCAGCAUGACAUACCAAAUUAUUGAGGACUUCAUUCCAGAUCUAUUCUCUGAAGGUGGAAAAGUUGCAUUAGCAGAAUGGAUUCCUUCAUCGAAAUCACCUGCCCACACUUUCACUGAUGAUGAGAAAUUCGUUGGCGAGAUUGAAGAAAUAUCUGUUUGGAAAGAUCCCAUACCAUCUCACUUAAUAACACAAGCAGACAGUUUAAAUGUGAAAGGAGCUGGGUUCCUAAAGAACGUCUCAACAUUGUGGUCUUUCUCAGAAGGAUUUGGUAGCAUUGCAACAGAUGAUAUUUUGAGUAAUGACUUACAACUUCCUAGCUUCCCAUGGCAAACACCUGAAUGGGUAGCUUCUGAUCUAGAUUUACAAAAUAUCAAUCCAGAUGCUAAGAACACCAUCGAGAUGAAGGAAGAUAUUAAGUUAGCAUGUAAUGAGUUUUUCAAUUCAGCUGCUAUAAAUUCAGCAUGUGCAGGGGUUUCCCAAUCUAGUAAGAACUGGUUUAAACAACAAUGUAUUGUUCUUGGCAGUACAUCUUCAGAUGUAGAAGACAGCAUGGUAGCAAUGACUAGUUUCAUUUCUGCAUGUGCAGCUCAAGGUGGCACUCCCACUAGUUUAUAUACUGAAAUGUGCAAACAGAAUGGAACAGUUCCAUUCUGGGUAACUCAGGAGUGUAACAACUGUGGAUUUGGUUAUAUGGGAUCAGAUGGGGCUUGUCUCUGUUAUUACGGAUAUUGGGGACCAAAUUGUGACGAACUUUGUCCCAAUGGCAAUGCAGAACCAUGCAAUAAUCAUGGAGCCUGUGACAUAGAGGGAAAGUGUCAUUGUGAAGGUCACUGGACCGGAACUACUUGUGAUAGUUGUGGAACAGGAUGGGAAGGUGACGAAUGUGUUGUUCUACCAACUGGACAACCAGCAGGUCUUUCAAAUCUAAUAGCUCAUAUCAAUAAUUAUGGACAAAUGGUAACCUUUGAUGGGUAUUUGGUUGAUUUAACAGCACAAAAUGUAUACAAGCUUUUUGGACAUUCAGGAGUACAAGAAUCGGUUUAUGCUCACAUGUCUGUAUGUAAUGAUACAAAGAAGACACAUUACUGUUUGAAUGACAUAAUGUUUGAAGCUGGUGGAGUUAUUUACUAUGUCCGUGCAUCCAAUAGCUUCGGAGAUUCAAAAGUAAAGGUUUUUACAAGUACCGGCGAAACUGAAAUAUUUGAAAAGACAACAAUAGGCAAUGUUCAGCUAUCUAUUUCACAAAAUAACUUUUUGACAAUAAAUAUGACCGAUAUCAACUUACAGCUUGAUAUAAUGUCCAUUGAAAAUGGCUUGAUUGCAACCAUGUCAUAUCCAAAUGAAAAAUUUGAUUCAGAAACAAACUUGAUUGAAGGUCUUGUAGCGUCUUGUGACACAAAGACAGCUCUUCAGCUUGCAGAUUGUGAGAGCGCAACUAGAGGAGACAUCUGCAACAAAAUAGUUAACUCUACAACUGCAGGAUCAUGUGUCAAAGACAUUUCAUUUGAGGCAAUUGAUUCCUUCUUAGAAAACAAUGCAGUCAACAACACUGAAAUUGACACUGUUUUAGAAAGAGAAUAUGUCAUAACCGGACCAUCAUGUCUUCAGUUCAGUGGAACAAAUGGUAUUUUUGCAGAUGACUUUGAACUGCCAGACACAUCCGCAUAUAGUUUUGAAUUCAAUGUUAAACCAACUGCUGUAAAUGGACCAAUGCUUACGUAUCAUACAGACAAUGGUGAUUUUAUAACAUUUGUCAAUUUCCGUAGCGGUCUUGCCAUUAUUGAAAAUGACAACUCUUACCAAACUGGAAUAAAGUUGGACGUUGAUAAAUGGAACCAAGUAAAUCUUGCUGUGGAUAAAGAAAAUGGUGUAGUUGGAGUAUAUGUUACAAAGGAUUCUGGCGAAAUAUCCGUGAAAGAACUAGAAAUAAAUGUUGGUGCUUUUACGAGUGGGGGCACGUUAACAGUAGGUCAAAUUGGAAAUGGAGUUACUACUCUAGCACCAAUAGGUCAGUUUAAUGGAUAUAUUGACGAGUUAAGAGUGUGGACACGCCCACAAAACCCAUCGAUCAUAAAAAAUAAUUGGAGGAAAGAUGUUACGGAGAAAACGCCAGAUUUGUUUGCAGCAUGGUCAUUUAGUGAAGGAACUGGGUAUUUGUCUUCAGACAUUAAAAAUCAGAAUAUGUAUCCUGUAAAUCUGGAUAAUCCACCGAAAUGGGCAUCGUCAGAUGAUUUAAAACUUACUCAAGGAAUUGAAUUAAACCUACCUCAGUUAACUACAACAGAACCCUACAGCCUUACUACCAUCUCGGACAAAUGUACUGGAUUGUUUGAAGAUAGCAGAUUCACAACUCAGUGUUCAGGAUUAGAAAAUAUCAUUGAAACAAUGCUGGACCAAUGCUCAUCACUAGUUAAGACAUCAGGGAAUGAGGAUUUAGCAGAGGUAUUGCUUCUCAGUACUGCCGAGUAUUGCAAGAAUGCAAAUUCUCUAACAGAAUCGCCUGCAAAUGCUGUCUGCGACAAGAUUAUAAGAUAUAAUAGUUAUCUUUCAAAACAUGGUACAUCAUGCAACGAGGAAUGCCAGUUUGGAACUUUUGAUUCUGUCUCUGGCCAGUGUGAAUGUGAUUCAGGACAUUGGGGGACAUCUUGUGCAGCAACAUGUUCGUUAGGAACAGACGGAAGUUGUAACUCACAUGGAGCAUGUAAUGGUACAACAGGAGGAUGUAAUUGUGAUGCACACUGGCUUGGAAGUACAAUGAGUACCACAAACUACUGGAAGACAUAUGCAACUAAUGCAGAAGUUGUUAUGACCGAUUCAACUUUCAACUGUUCUGAUUGUACAACUGGGAUGUAUGGAUCAGACUGUAAAUUUGCCGUUCAAGCACCAAAAUCAUCACAAACUUAUGCAGUAGGCUUUCUAAUGGGAUCAUAUAUAACAACUCUUGAUGGAGUAUCAUAUAAGAUAAUAACACCAGGCACUUAUACUGCAUAUUCAGCUGGAGGAGUAUCAGUUCAGGGGGUAUUCUGGCCUUGUAAUAAUGAUAUCAGCUGCAGAGAAAUUAAAGAAAUAUCUGUUAGUAGUGGUGGACAAACUGUAAGCAUACUAAAAGGAACACUAGGCAUGGAGGCCGUACAUGUAGGAGGAUCUACAACACUUGAGUAUCCUGUGAUAACAACAGUAUCUAACAUAGAGGUCAAAUGGAAUACAUCAGAUUAUAUCAGGCUAACAUCCGGGGGAUUCUCUGUCUUGGUUUCCGACAGCAAUAUUGGAUUAAUAUGUCGUUUUAGAGUACAAUCAAGUAGCGCUAAGUCAGCAACUGGAUUAUUAGGAAAUACAGAUACAACAUGGUAUAAUGAUUUAAUAUCACCUGAUGAUUCAUCAACCAUGGCUUUUGUAGAAAGUCAGUUAUCUACCUCGUACAUCGGAGGGUGGACUAAGACAAAACUAGGAACUUCACUCGGGUCUGUUCACACCUAUUAUGACAGUCGACUGAAAGAUCUCUCAACAUCAGGCUAUAUGCUCCAUCUAACAACUCAGACUGUAUAUUUCAAUGAUGUGUAUAGUAGUUCAUUGAAUGCAUUCACUGUGUGUUUCUGGUCCAGAAUAGAUAGCACUAGCAAAAACAUAACGCAACCAAUAAUAUCAUAUGAAAUAGGUUUACAGAAUUUGACAGUUAAAAUAAAAGAUGGUCUUUUACAAGUCGAUUUUGGAAUCACCUUAACAACAAACAUUGCAUUUGAAUUAGAAGUUUGGAACUAUAUUACUGUAACGUGGGAUUCAGCAAGUGGACAACUUAUGGUUUACAGAAUUGCAAAUAACGGAGAAGACUUCAAAUACAAAACAUUUUCAAAUGUUCUGACAUUGAGUACCAUGGGACAAAUAAACAAAAUAGAAAUAUAUGGAAGCUCCAGCAAUCCAUUAGAUAUUGAUAUGUUACGUAUGUGGAGCACAGCUAGAUCCUUUGAUUCGGUUCUAGCAGAAAAAUCAGAAUACACUAAAGACAUAACAUCUGAUGAAAGCUUGAUUAUUCUUUCAAAGUUUGAUGAAGGUUCAGGAUUAUCUGCUAGCAUUAUUGUGCAGACUGGAUCGGAAACAACAACAAUUACCGGAACAAUAUCUACAUCUAGUAGCGCCAAAUCUGUAGGUUCAAAGGCCGUAGUCAGUGCUGAUGACUUAUGGUCUCCGUCAGAUAUACCAACUGUAUCAACAUUCACUCCCGAAGAAGUAACGACAGAUAACGUAGAUUCUGCAGCAUUAACAGCUUGUAUAACUGCACUCUCAAAUUCAGAUGUCAAUUCAACUUGUUAUGGAGGAGAUAUAUCCAGUCUUUCAAACUUUUUAUUGGAAUCGUGUCUAGCAGAUUACUCAACUGUCGGAGUGAAUGGAAGUCAAACAAUUAUAGUGGAGAACCUUAUUUAUUACUGUCAAGCAACUUUUGAUGUGGAUGAAUGUACAUUAACUCAUUACUUUGACUAUUGUACAGAUGAAGAAGAUGAGGUGGAUGCUGAGGGAUUGAAUAUCAUGAUCAUAGUAGCUGCCGUUGCUGCUAUUAUAGUUCUUAUAAUAAUAUCUGUAUGUUGUUGCUGGUGCUUUGGAAAACUGUGCUUCAGAAAGAAGAAAAAGGUUGUAGGUCAUGACUAUGACUCAGACGAUGAUGAAGAUUGGAGACCCCGUUCUUCCAUGUCCGAUCGUUCUAUCUUAACAGCUACUAACGUUGAUCUGGAAGACCAGUUGUUUUCAGCCAAUCAUGCAUUUAGUGGUGCAAUGGCUCCCUUGGCAUACAAUUUCAAGGCCAAAUUCCCAGAAAAGGCAAAGAAACCAACACUUAAAGCAGGAAAGAUGGAACCAGUGGUCAGUAUGUUCGAUGCAGAGGCAGAUGAGAGUAUACCUCUAAAAACAGACUCCUCGUUAUUUAAAAAACCAAAACUUGUAUCAAAUCCUGGAUCAAACUCACCAGACCCUCGACCACAAUCACCAUUUGUACAACCUGGUAUCAAUUAUCAACCCGAUAAUGCAGAAAUCUUCAGUCCAUUUCAACCAGAGACUGAAACACAAUCCUUUUCCUUCAAGAACCGAGGCUUUUCACCUGAUGAAGCUGAGCAGUUUUCAGUCGUAGAUAGCAGGAGGGAAUCGGUAGCAUCUAAUAAUACACCCAAACCAAGGGAAUCAUAUUCAAGAUCCUCUAGUGUUCUCAGUAAUGCAAUGAGCAAUGAUACACAAUUAUUGGUGGAUACCACAGCAACACAACCUAGUGUACAAAAAAUGUCAAUCAUAGACAAGACUCCAGUGAAUACAACCACAUGGCAUGACAAUAAAACUAGUACAAGUUUAGGAAGUCGAAAGAACACAUCAAGUAAAAUUGAAACCGAAGCAAGCUCACGAAAACCUCAGGUACCGAUGGAAUACAUUCCUGAACAAGGUGUACAUAGACAAUCAAUAAUGAAUAAUCAAGCUAACAAUUCGUUCCAAAACAUGUCUGACCCAGCACCAAAACGAGCAUCACGACAUGCAAACUCGUUCAGUCCAACGGAUAAAACUAAUACCAGUAAACCAUUGCGAUCCCGACAUUCCUUUGAUUCAUCAAUAGACCGAGAAGACAGCUAUGUGAGUAUGUCUUCCAUGGGAAGUCAGCCAUCGAGACCUCCAUCUAGAGUUCAGUCGCCAAGCGGGAAUGAACCAGAAAACGAAUUCAAAUGGUAAACGAGUGCAAUGACAAAUGGAACGAAAAUCAAACUUAUAAAAAUAUUUGUAAAAUUUUGACACUAUAAAUAUGAACAUUAUUUAUUUAAAAGCACUGUCCCUUCUGUAAACUGUUAUAAGUUUAGGCCUCAAUUACCAAUAUUUGUUUUUUUCAAAAUAUUUUAAUUGUAUAUGAAAUUUUUUUUUUUACUUUUUUUUUUAAUAUUUAUAUGGUCUUAAAAAUAACACUUUCUUCAAAUUCAAAUAUAAAUUAUAAUUCAAUCAAUCUGUGUAUUAUUUUUAUAGUUUAAGAAUUACAGUUUUAAAUUCAAAUAUAUAAUUAUAAUGCAAAUCAAUCUGUCAUCAGUACUAUUAAUUUUUUUUAUAAAAGAUUUUUAUAAAGAAUACAAUAUACUAAAAUUUCCCAGUUGUUUUUUGUAUAACUUGAAUUUUUCUUAUUUUUAUUUUAAGAGCACUUAUCUAUGCAAAAUAUAGUUUGACUCUAUUGGCUGUAUAUAUUGCUUAUUUGUUAUAAAUUUUGCUUUUCUUCUAUUUAAUUGUGCACAGUGUAUACAAUUAUUUGUUUGUUUUUUGUCAGUCGAGAGUGAUAUCAAAUUUACUGUAAAACUUCAAAAAUCAUUUUUCUUUGAUUGUUUUCCUAUGUUCACUUGAAGUCUGCUCCUUUAUUAGUUUUGGAGUAGUUAAUAUCAUAAAUUUUUCAGAAUAAGUGAAAGAAAUAUGUAAACAAGUUUAAAUUGAAAAUGUUUAUUUUGUAAAGAUUUUAAAACAACAAUCAAUCAAUCAAUGUAGGGAUUUUUGUUUUUUAGAUUUCAUCUUUACCUGAUUAAGUUAUUCAGGUAACUAGAUUGUAAUAAAUUUAUAAAUCUUAUAUAUUAUGAUUAAUAAACACCUUCUUUCUGAUGGGUCAGUACAAAAGAUUAAUACCAAAUCAAAAAUUAGAUAUUUAUUUUCCCCUCAGUGGACAUAGUAACUGAAAUGCUCAGAAUUUUUUCAUAACAAUUUUAAUUAUUUAUAGAAUUUAGAAAUUAUAUUAAAGGUAGAUAAAAAUGACAAGUAAACGUGCAUCAUGCAUCGAAAAAGAAUAAGGAUAUGUCAAUACUAAAUAUUCUAUACUAGAAAUAAGCAUUCCCUUUUAAGUUCAAAUUUAGACUAAGUCCAGCUAAAAAUAGGUUGGCUAAAAUACUUUUCUAUUCAAAGUUUGUUAAUAAAUAUCUUUAUAUUUUAAAUUUGUGAAGAUAUAUAAUUCUAUAUUAAAGUGUUAAAUUAUUAUUUUUUAUUCUUCCAGCUUAAAAUUUACGUGUAGUUUUGUAUGUGUUUAUAUAUCAAUACCUAUAUUGUU